UCGCGCCUGCCCAGUGUGUUUGUCUCUGCUUUCUCCUUCACUGUGCCCCGCUGCUCCCGACAGCGUCGUCUAACUCUGCGCGCUCCGCCCCACAUAUAAAGAGACAUGGCAGAGAAAGGAUGGGAGAGUGAGGUGAAGCAGGACAAGACAGGAAAAGGCAAGCAGGCAGAGAACAAAGACCACUGUGGAACAUGUCAUCACCACGCACCCAAGGGACAUGGCACAAUGGCCGUCCCUCCUGCAUACUCAGACUUGGGGAAAUCUGCCAAAGACAUCUUCAACAAGGGCUUUGGAUAUGGACUUCUGAAGCUGGACGUUAAGACUAAGUCCCAGAGUGGUGUUGAGUUUGCCACCUCUGGCUCCAACAACACAGACACAGGGAAGUCAGGAGGCCACCUGGAGACCAAGUACAAAGUGAAUGACCUAGGCCUGAACUUCAGCCAGAAAUGGAACACAGACAAUACUCUCACCACAGAAAUCACCAUGGAGGACCAGCUGGCUAAGGGCCUGAAGCUAGGUCUGGACGCUUCAUUUGUGCCCAACACUGGCAAGAAGAGCGCCAAACUGAAGACCGGGUACAAGCGGGAAUAUUUAAAUGUCGGUUGCGACCUGGACUUCGACAUGGCCGGUCCCACCGUCCACGCAGCUGCUGUGCUGGGCUACGAGGGCUGGCUGGCGGGCUACCAGUUGGCUUUUGACACAGCCAAAUCUCAAGUGAGCCAGAACAACUUCGCCCUCGGAUACAAGGCCGGUGACUUCCAGCUUCACACCAGCGUAAAUGACGGCACCGAGUUUGGUGGCUCCAUUUACCAAAAGGUGAACAGCAACUUGGAGACGGCGGUCCACCUGGCCUGGACGGCUGGCAGCAACAACACACGCUUUGGGAUUGGAGCUAAAUACCAGCUGGAUAAGGAUGCCUCCCUGUCUACCAAAGUCAACAACGCCUGUCUUGUUGGAGUUGGAUACACACAAACCCUCAGGCCAGGAGUCAAGCUCACUCUCUCAGGUCUGAUCGACGGGAAGAACGUGAACGGUGGUGGGCACAAAGUCGGCUUGGGUUUUGAGCUGGAGGCGUAAAGAUUCAGCAGAGGACAUACAAGAGGAGAGGAAAGCGACACAAGAGAAGAAUAAAGAGCCCAAAUGUGAAAAUACAGCAGAGGUCCACUCAGUGACACGUAAACACAUCUUCCCUCUGAGUCCUACACACACAUGCACACAGAUAUACACACGUCCGUUGGCCUUAUUCCUGAAACCCUGAGCAGCCUCUAAGACCUCCGAUACUGUAGUUUUAAAAGAAAAAAAAACAUUAUUUUGUGUUUGUUACUUUUAAAACAUACAUUAUUUACAGUGCCCACAACUUUUGAGCAUAAGUUAUCAGAAUACAACAAAAGAACAGAUGCAUCAGCACGCAAUUUAUGCAAACCCCCUGUUCUCCAAAUAAAGUGCUGCUUAUGACCAGUUUGACCAGACAAAGUGCACUUUUCAUAGAGCAUUUGUGUCUCAGACUUUUUUCUCUCUGAAAUAAGAGUCAAAGCACCUUCUUAUUUUGACUGUGUGGUCAACUUGUUUUUGUUUCAGAUAUUCUCUGGGUUUUAGACAUUAAUAGGAUUAUUAGAGGAUGCUUGUUUUCGGUAUAUUGUGGAUUUGUUGCAUGCUUUUAAGGCUAGAGGGAUGUUUUUUGACUUUUCAUUGUCACACUGACAAGUACAGCGACUGUAAACAGAUGCAAUAAAAGCUGGAGAGAAUCAAGGAGAAAAGACAAAGAGCGCCUGAUCCUACUCAGUGGACUGAUUCCACUAUUCAAGCCUCAGUAACGCAGUUUUAAACUGUGAACCCUCAGUUGCCUAUAUGUCUGUUUUUCAGGUUCUGUUUGAUAAAAAGUUUGACAGCAAUUGGAGACUCUGUAUCACCUCUUUGUCUUGUCUCAUUUUGUGUCCUGUACCUGUUUGACCUUUACCACAUUUCACUUAAUCUGUGCUGUGCUUUGUAUAGGAGUUAGCUGACAUUUAGGACCUCAAACUGAUUUUAUUGAAUUAAUGGAAUAAAGAAUGUUAAACCCUAUAA